AUGUCUGCGGCGGUCAACCGAGGUCUCAGGACAGCUUCCCGAUCAUUGCGUCUCCAAUCGCGAAGCGUCCGCCUGGCCACUCCUCUCCGCGCCGGUCUCGCCUCCACUAACUUUGCCGCCCGCUCCGCACCUCAACAAUCCCACAACUUCACCACCUCAUCUGCGAGACAGAGCGCCGCACCAGCCAUGGCCGAAGCGAGAGAGUACGAUCCUGAGAUCAAGGACAUUGCCAACUACGUCCAAAGCUACAACGUCGAUUCCGAGCUUGCUUUCGACACCGCACGAUGGGUUUUCCUCGACACUCUCGGCUGUGGUCUUGAGGGCCUCCGCUUCAAGGAGUGCAGCAAGCUCCUGGGUCCCAUUGUCCCCGGCACCGUCGUUCCCAAUGGCCCCAAGGUCCCUGGUACCGACUUUCAGCUCGACCCCGUCAAUGCCGCCUUCAACAUUGGUGCCAUGAUCCGUUGGCUCGACUACAACGACUGCUGGCUCGCCGCCGAAUGGGGACACCCUUCCGACAACCUGGGUGCCAUCCUGGCCGUGGCCGACUGGAUCACUCGUACCAACAAGGCCGGCGGUAACAUUGCUGGCGGCAAGCAGUUCACCAUCCGCGAUGUUCUCGAGGGUAUGAUCAAGGCUCACGAGAUCCAGGGCUGCCUGGCUCUUCUGAACUCCUACAACAAGGUCGGCCUCGACCACGUUGUCCUCGUCAAGGUCGCCAGCACUGCUGUUGUCUCCAAGAUGCUCGGCCUCAACGAGAAGCAGAUUGCCGACGCUGUCACCCAGGCCUGGGUCGACGGCCAGAGCUUGCGCACUUACCGUCACUCCCCCAACACCAUGUCCCGCAAGUCAUGGGCUGCCGGUGACGCCUGCCAGCGCGCCGUCAACCUGGCCCUCAAGGUCAUGAAGGGCGAGCAGGGCAUUCCCACCGUUCUGUCUGCCCCCGUCUGGGGUUUCUACGAUGUUCUCUUCAAGGGAAAGAAGUUUGAGUGCCAGCGCCCCUACGGCAGCUACGUCAUGGAGAACGUUCUCUUCAAGGUCUCCUACCCUGCCGAGUUCCACUCCCAGACUGCCGUCGAGGCCUCUUCCAAGAUUCACCAGCAGCUCAAGGCGAUGGGCAAGUCGGCGGCCGACAUCAAGGGCGUCACCUGCCGCACGCACGAGGCCUGCAUUCGCAUUAUCGACAAGCAGUUCAAGCCCAUGGACAACUUUGCCGACCGUGACCACUGCAUCCAGUACAUGGCCGCCACCAUGCUCGUCUUUGGCCGCCUCGAGGCUACCGACUACGUCGACGGCAGCGAGGCCGCGACCUCCCCUCUCGUCGAGUCCCUGCGCCAGAAGUUCAAGUGCGUCGAGGACCCGCAGUUCACCAAGGACUACCACGACCCCGCUCUCCGAACCAUCUCCAACGCCCUGACUGUCGAGUUGAACGACGGCACCGUGCUCGAGGAGGUUGUCGUCGAGGCACCUCUCGGUCACCGCCUGAGAAGAGAGGAGGCCAAGCCCGAGAUCCUCAAGAAGUACAAGAGGCACUUGGAGCCCCACUUCGAUGCCGGCAGGGUCAAGCAGCUUGUCGACCUUGGCCUGGACCCCAAGAAGUUGGAGGCCACUCCUGUGGAUGAGUAUGUCGAUCUGUAUGUUGCCAAGGACAGCAAGUCCAUCUUUGGUAUAAGGGGUUUCGUUCCUCGUGUCGGCACCGUGUACGACGAGUCAUCGUGUAGGCGAUACGAGUAUUGUUGGACACCCGACUGGCUACGCGCUAAUGGCUUGUCGCUGACGAAUCCGCCCCUGCAAGAAGCUCCUACGGCUCCCUCCCGACUCGGACAAGUCCUGCCCAGGCACGGCCAGGUUUGGCGGGCACAGCCUCCCCGAAGCUCUUUAGGGGAUGAUUGGCUUCAUCCUGGAGUCUGGGCGACGUUCACCUGGUGGGUAUUUUUCAGUGGAUGUUUCUCCUGGAACGGUGGAAACGGAGACGACGAGGACACCAGGACACCAAGAGAAACGGCUAGCUCGGGUCACGGCAUUGUUUUGCGUUUCACAGGCCAGACACUUUUCGUUUUCCAGAGUGUCAUUUGGAACCACAGGGACCACCAAAAAGUACCUACCGUGCUACGGCCUGCCGACGGAUACUUGUACGGCGUGCGGUCUGUACCUCCCACUUGGCCCUCCACCAAGAGCGCCACUUUAGUCCGUACUGAUCUCCUGUUCGGACCUCUACUUCACUCCGACCGCAUCUGUUUGUUCUGGAAACAACUUCGCCUCCUUCGAUUUUUCCAACGUCUGAAUCCGAUACCCUCUUGCUUUUCGACUCACGAGAAACCGUUUGCUUUACUCACCUUAAUACCGACCGACAACAACACUCGACUUUCCACUGCACACCUCUCGAGCAACACUGUCAAUUCCCGACACCCUUCCGAGGCUGUCGAGAGCGGCGCGGACGAUGCUGGUCAACUCUGGCUGCUUCCGAUUCCAGAUCUCUCGACUUCCCGCCCGAUCCGCAAUCCCACGGAACCGCAGAAGCACUCUAUGCUAACGUACCUUGACUUCCAGGAACUCGAGAACCUCCUCGAAAAGGGCGUCAUCUCCGAAGAUGCCUACGACAGCAUGCACGCCACCCUCCCCGCCGAGACCCCCCUCCACGGCGCCGCAUCCCGCGCCGCGCCCGCCGCCGCCGCUACCCCCGUCCAGCACAACAACCCAACCUCCCCGCCGGCCCCGACCGCCGCCAUGGCCGCCCUGAACGUCAACCCCUCCGCCUCCCCGGCGCCCCCCUCCUACAACCAGACCGGUCCCCCCUCCCUCCCCGCCCGCACAAACGAGAAGCCCGUCCUGGCGCACGCCCGCGCGCUGUACCGCUACGCCGGCGCCGACGCCCGCGACGUGGCCUUUGAAAGGGACGACCGCAUCGCCAUCCACGAGUACAUGAACGCCGACUGGUGGAUGGGCCGGAACCUCCGCACCGGCCAGGAGGGCAUCUUCCCCAAGACGUACGUCCUCGUCGAGCAGGACAUGGCCAAGGGGGCCUUCGCUCCCGUCCCGGCUCCCGCUCAACCUCAGUACGCGGCCCAGCAGCCGCAGUGGGCUCCUCAGCCGCAGUACGCCCAGCCUCAGGGCCCGCCGCCCCAGCAGAACCCGUAUAACGCCGACGCGCCGCCUCAGGCUGUCGCGGACCAGAGCACGGGUGGUAAGGAGGGCGGCGGCAAGGGGGCCGAGAUGGGCAAGAAGUUUGGAAAGAAGCUUGGCAACGCUGCUAUCUUUGGUGCUGGUGCUACCAUUGGUUCCAACAUUGUCAACAGCAUCUUCUAA